GACCCACUCCACCCUCCCUGCCAAGCCCUCCUCGCUGAAGCUCCGCCCCCUCUUCCUCUCUUCCUGAUUCACCUGCGCAGGUGAAAAACAGCGGAGCCGCGCGCCGCCUCGGGACGGGAAGCGACCAAUCGAACUGCAGCAGAACUCAGAACUGGAACCGGGACGGCUCUUGGACUCCUGAGACUGGAACUCUUGCUGGGCUCGGUUCGGCCCGGGUCAGCUGACACUGAGGCCUGAAGCAGGAGCCCACGGGACCGGUCAGAACCAGGUCCGGUCCGGUUGGGGAUGGGGGAGUCCACGCGGACUCAGCUGGUGAGCGCCAUCCAGCUGCAGGAGAAAGCUGCAGACCUGCAGGAGAGCAGCAACAAUGAGAAGACGUUCACGGUGGAGGACGCCGUGGAAGAGAUCGGCUUCGGACGCUUCCACGUCCUUCUGUUUGUCAUCAUGGGGAGCAGCAGCAUCGUGGAGGCCAUGGAGAUCAUGCUGCUCGCUGUGGUUUCUCCAGAGAUCCGCUGUGAGUGGAAGCUGGACGACUGGCAGGUCGCGCUGGUGUCGACGAUGGUGUUCCUGGGCUUCAUGCUGUGCGGCGUCCUCAGUGGAUUCAUCGCUGACAGAUACGGACGCUGGAAGGUGGUAUUUGGAGGCUUCGUCUGGAGCGCCUACUUCUCUCUGCUGACGUCCUUCGCGCCGUCGUACGGUUGGUUCAUCUUCCUGCGCAGCAUGGUGGGCUGUGGCGUCGCCGGCGUGUCUCAGGGGUUCGUGCUGAAGACGGAGUUCAUCCCGGCGAAGCACCGAGCCGUCCUGCUUCCGCUGGCCACCAUCUUCUGGAUGAUCGGCUCCAUGCUGAUCAUCGUUCUGGGGAUGCUGGUUGUUCCCACCCUGGGCUGGAGGUGGAUGAUCCGGAUCUCCGUCACGCCCAGCGUGGUCCUCAUCUUCCUGUUUAAGUUCAUUCCUGAGUCGGCGCGGUACAACGUGUCGGCAGGAAAGGUGGAUGCGGCGCGGCAAACGCUGCAGAGAAUCGCCAGGAUGAACCGCGUGGCGCUGCCUGAAGGCCGGCUGGUGGAGCCUGUGGUGAGGAACCGAGGCAGCUGGAGGAUUCUGCUCAGCUCCUCCUUCAGAAGAACCUCCCUCCUGCUCUGGUACUCAUGGUUCGUGGCUUCGUUUGCGUACUACGGGUCGGUUCUGAGCAGCUCAGAGCUCCUGGAGAAGAACCUGCUGUGUGUGACCAACGCCGACCAAGACCACCAGGUCAAGCACCGCCACCAGGGCGGAGUCUGCUACUGCAUCCCCUUCGGAUACGGGGACUACCAGACCCUGCUGAUCAGCUGCCUGGGGGAGGUCGCCUUGGUUCCUCUGAACAUCGCUCUGCUGAACGUGUUUGGAAGGAAGAUGAGUCUGACCGUCCUGCAGCUGCUGGCUGCAGUCUUCUUCAUGAUGCUGAACAUUUGCAGCACCAUGUUUGGCUUCACCGUUCUGCUGUUCCUGCUUCGUUCGUUGGUCGCCAUGAACUUCAACGUGGUUUACAUUUACACAGCAGAGGUGUACCCCACGAUAGCGCGCUCUUUGGGGAUGGGGUUCUGUACGUCCUUCAGCCGGAUCGGAGGAAUGAUCGCUCCCUUCAUCGCGCAGGUGCUGAUGUCCCAGUCUGUGGUUCUGGCUCUGAGCCCAUUUGCAAUGGCCUGUGUGAUCUGCGCGCUGGGAAACUUCCUGCUGCCCAUAGAAACCCGGGGGCGGGCUCUGCUGCAAAACUCCUGAUGAAAAGGUUCAGAAAAGGUUUUAUGUUUACUUGAUGAUCCUGGAUCUUCUUCAGGAACCUCAUAUGGACCAGGAUCGAACCAGCUCUGACCCGUAUCUGAAGCUCCUCCCUCUGUUUUUGGUUUCUGUAAAUGUCGUUUCUUCUUCAUGAACUCUGGAGGAAAGUUCUUGAUCAGGGUACAGACUCAUGUUGCAGAGGCUGCUCCAGUUCUGUCUGAAGGUCCACCUGAUCUUCUGACAGCAGCUGCAGGUGUUGAUGGUUCGGGGAGGAACACACCUGUCGAGGGGGAUGUUCUCCUUCUCCACCAUCUUCCUGGCUUUUCAGACUGUAAUGUUUUUGGUUUUUGUCAGUUUGACGAGAGUCCUGCUGGUCUUUGUAAGUGCAAUAAAAACGGUUUACAUAUGGAA